AUGCUUACGAAAGAAAAAGAAAAUGACUUAAAAAAAAAAUUCAUUUUAGAAAUAUUAUUACUUAUAUUAUUAUAUACUCAGUAUUCAUUUCAUUUCAUUUAUUCUUUUUCUAUUAAAAAGAAGCCAUUCAUUCUGAAUGCUUUGAAAGAAAAUGAUAGUAUAAGAAAGAGCAAACUAAGAGAAAACAAAAAAAUUCUUUUAGACAUUGGUAAUAGUUUAAAAGAACAAAAUGUGAAGAAAUCUCUUGCAAAACUAGAUGAUUUAUUAAUCAAUCAUUCAAAGGAUAAAAAAUUAUCAAAGAAAAUGAGUACCAUUUGUGGAAAUGUAUUAAAUUUAUGCAGUAGAUAUAAUGAUAUUAAUAAUAUGAUAGAAAUUAUUCAGAAAAUGAAAUUUCAUAACAUAGAAAUGCAAGAAAACUCAUAUUUAGCUAUUUGCAAUUAUUAUAUUUCAAAUAAUUAUAUAUAUGAGUAUUUAUUAACAAUAAAUAAAAUGAUAGAAAAAAAGAUAACAAUAAGAGAAAGGUUUUAUAAAUACAUUUUAACAUAUAUUUUAGAUCUUUCUUUUGAUAAAAGUUAUCGUAAAAAUAUAAUAAAUAGUAAAACGUAUCAAAAAAAAGGAGAUUCAGUAAAUUUAAUAUAUGAUAAUAUAAAAGGUUAUAAAGUAGAAGAGGAUGGUAAUAAUAUUGAUCAUAUAAAUGUAAACAAUAAAAGGGACAUUUUAAUAAAAAAUAUAGAUUACACUCAUUUUGAAAAUUAUAAAAAAAAUUUAAACAAAUAUGAUAUUAAACUAGAAGAAGAAGAUACAAUAUAUAUUUUGAAUAAUUAUUUAUUGAUUGAUAUAUUUAAACAUAUGAAUGACAAUAAAAUUAAAAUUAAACUAAUUUACAUUUUAAAACUCAUUAAUUAUGUUUAUGAGAACAUAUUAUAUAUAAUAAGUAAAAAGGAAAAUGAUGAUAUUUUAAAAGAUACUUUAAGCAUAAAUUAUGAAAACAAAUUAAUUAAAAACAAAAAAAGUAAUAUAGAAGAAGAAUAUGAAAAAAAAGAAAAAAAUUUUCUUAAAGAUAUCUUAAUUGAACAAUUAAGAUAUAUUCUUGAAUUAUAUAAAAGUAAUUAUGAAUCAGUGAAUAUAAAUAUAAAAAAAUAUGAAGAGACUUUCGAUGAAGAAGAAAGAAGAAAUAUAUAUUAUCAUGUUCAUAAAAUUACAAAAAAAUUACCUUUUAUAAAAUUAACUGAAAAUAUUAAAAAUUCUUAUAACUGUAAAAACUGUAAAGAAAAUAUUAACACUUAUUUCCUUUCAUUAAAACAUAUUAUAAUUGUAAUUGUUAAUAUCAUUUUAAUUACUCAUCUUUUCAAUAAUAAAGAAAUUUUUAAGAUAAAACAUUUUUUUUCUAUAUUGAAUGGAUCUAAUGAUAUCGAUGAAGAAAAAGAGGGAAAAAAUAAUGAUUUAACGAGUGCAUUAAAUGAAGAACAAAUAAAUAGAAAAAAUGAAAAGGAAAAAAAUAAAUAUGAAAACGAAGAAAAAAAAAAGAAUCAUGAAGAUACGGAAACAGAGGAAAAUAGUAAUAAAUAUAAAAAAAAGGGUUUCGAAUCAAAUGAAAUGAAUAAACUUUUUGAAAAAGGUUCAUAUACAUGUAUAUUAGAUGGAGCCAACAUUGGCUAUAAUAAGCAAAAUGUAGAAAAUGGUCAUUUUAGCUUUUUACAAAUUGAAAUAAUAAAAGAAAUUUUAAAAAAAAAGAAAAAUGAAAAACCUUUGAUUAUUCUUCCCAAAAUAUAUCAUUAUAAAAAUUCAUUAAAAUAUAUAGAAGGGAAUGAAAACAAAAAUGAAGAGAAAAACUUUAAUAUUUUUAUACCAAAUAAAACAGUAAAAAUAAAAAAAAGUAACUCUUAUUUUUCAGAAGAUAACUAUAACAAUCUUAAGAAGCAAAACAAAAUUUCUGAUACUAACGGAGAUAAUUUUGAUAGCAUAGAUAACUCGGAAUUUACAGAAAAAAAUGAGAAAAAUGACAAACCGAGUAAAGCUAUGUCAUAUAUAAAAAGAAUUUUUAAUAAAUUAAACAACAUAGAUAUUGAAAUAAUUAAAAAAUGGGAAAAGGAGAAAUGCUUAUACAUAUGUAAUUAUAAUAUGUAUGAUGAUUAUUAUUAUAUCUUAGGAAGUUUAGCUAGGAGCAAUAAAUUAUUUAAUAUAUAUUAUUAUAUUGAUAAAUUAUCAGAUCAUUUUUAUAAAUAUGAAAAUUUAAAUCAUAAUAUUAUUAUAGACAACUAUAAUAUAAAUGAUGACAAUCUAGUUUAUAUUAAUAGAGAAAUAUUAUAUGUUUAUAAUAAUAUUAUAUUUGAUAAAAAUAGUGAUAUUAUUGUUUUAGUUAGUAAUGAAAAUGUUAAUAAGGAGGACAAAUAUAUAUCUAUGAAUGAACAGUAUUAUAAUGAUAAAAUUAAAAAAAAAAAUGUAAAUUUAAAUUUAUUUGAAAAUUAUAAAAAAGAUUUAAAAUUAAUAGACAAAGAUAGUAUACCCUAUGAAAAAGAUAUAUAUAUGAAUACUUAUAUUUAUGACUUGGAAAAAGGGGAACAUAUUUUGGCUAAUGAAAUUGAAGAAGAUAAAGGAAAAAAAAAAGAAAGCAAACAAAAUAGUAGAAGUAAUAUAAAAAAAAGUGAUAUUAAAAAUUUACUUAAAAAUAACAAAAUAAAAGAAAAUUUAAAUGAAAACGAAGUAAAAAAUAAUGAGAAAAAAAUUUAUUAUAGCAAUAUCUAUGUAAGAUGUGUUACCAAUUUAAAAAGUGUUCAAAAACCUCUAUAUAUUUAUACAAAUGAUAAAAUGAAAAACCAUUAUUUUAAUGAAUAUACAAAUUAUAUUCUAAAAAAAUGGAAAAAAAAAAGUUUUAUGUCUUUUUAUUUUAAGCAACCAAUAUUUCUAUCUGAAUUACAAAAACAAAAAAAAACAAACAUAGAUUUAACAAAUCUAAUAGAUAACUAUAAAUUACCAUUUGUUAAUUUAGAAAAUUUUAAGUUAUAUAUAGACGAUAUUGUAUCAUAUAAAAAUAAAAAUAUUUAUCAUAUAAAACUUAAUUCACCCAUUAAAAGUUUUUUACCAUAUCAAAAUCAAAACGACAACAUUCCUUUUAUACAAUAUAAUAAUAUAAUAAAAUAUUUAUGUAUCGAUUUUUCUAAAAUAUAA